AUGAGAUGGUGGUGGACGAUCUGCAUCUUCAUCAACGAAGUAGAUACUCAGGCCAACAUCAACCAGAACAUCGGGCUCCCCACCAAUCAAAACAUCGGCACUCCAGGAACCAUAUUCUCUGGUACCGGAAACAAUCCCUACUAUGGAGAUUUCCGUUAAUGGCUAUCUUGGUUUCGCCACAGUGCUCGACCAAGGUCCUACGAUCAAUGUGGGACCCGAAAGCACGGACUGGCCUCGUCAACAGGAUCCCGCCAUGAUUGCACCCUAUCUCUGCAAACAACAGAUACCUCAAAGCGGUAAUCCUGCAUUGCGUGCAGGCAUUUUCUACCGGCUCAUUCUGCGGCAAUCACUGUUCGGACAAGACUCUAACUCGAACUUGAAUCUUGUUGGCUCAAUGCAGCGGAGCAGUUUUUUUGGUCAGAGAGCUGAACUGGCUUGCCCGGGAACGCCGGAGUCUUACGCUCGCUGCGAUGCUCAAAGCGACUAUUUUCUCGAUGAAAUGAUGAGAUGGCUGCAAGAGGGCGUCGCUGGUGCUUCGAUGUUUCGUGCGGAUGCAGCGCUUGUCGUCACUUGGCACAACACCGCUUCUGCCAUUGCGGGCAGGUCGGAUAUCGAUGCCGGGCAGAGUGCUACCUAUCAGGCCAUUUGGCUUACCGAUCAACCAGGACGUUUGUCAUACGUGAUCCUCAACUAUGACCGUUUGGGUUUUGACGCCCAAGAUUUCCGAGCCAAUUCAAGAAGUGGACGUUGUCGAACACACCCAAGGUAAGAAUUCAGUUCAUUUCCAAGCAAGUAGGAGGCUGCUUUUUUGGUCUGGGUUAGAGCGCGCGUGUUGGCACAGCGAUCCGGCGUUCCCCAUGUCGUUCGCGGCCGCUAUAUGUUCCGAGUGGACGACGUCGUCCGACCAGCUGGUUGCAGCAACAAAACGGGAGGGACGUAUCCCAUGAUGAUCUAUCCAAACAUCGUGAACAUGCUCGGUGA